GGAGAAGCGGAGAGACACUCAGAGCAACGUGUCGUGAGAGGACGACAUGAUGCGACCCCUCUUCCCGCUGCUGCUGCUCGGUCUGCUGCGACCAUUCACCGCUGGAUGCUCACUGGCACUCACACAGCUGUGUGAACCAAUAGAUGGUGACAUUUACAGAUACCAUGCAAACACUCUAAACGACGGACGCACUGUGAACUUCAGCGACUACAGGGGCAAGAGUGUCCUCUUCAUCAACGUGGCCACCUACUGACGAUACACCUUCCAGUAUGCUGAACUGAAUGCACUGCACGAAGAGAUGAAACCUCUUGGACUCACCAUUCUCGGCUUUCCCUGCAACCAGUUUGGGAAGCAGGAACCAGGGCAAAAACAUGAAAUUCUGCCAGGUCUAAUGCAUGUUAGACCAGGAAACGGAUUUGUUCCAAACUUCCUGCUGUUUGAGAAAGGUGAUGUCAAUGGAAAAGACGAGCAAGAGGUUUUCACAUUCCUUAAGAAAUCAUGCCCUCCUGUUGGAGAGCUGUUGGGCGACCCCAGCAUGUUGUACUGGGGGCCCAUAAAGCUCAGCGACAUCAAGUGGAACUUUGAAAAGUUUCUGGUGGGCCCAGACGGGAAGCCAGUGAUGAGGUGGCACCCAAGUAUCUCCAUUCCUCAGGUCCGAGCAGACAUCCGCAAAUAUCUGCUCCUGCAACUAUACCCACAGCAGAGGUUAAAUUAGAUCGCCUCAUACAGUAUUGUCCAACUUAUGAAGUACCAGGAUAAGUAGAGCUUAUGUUGAAUGUAAAAGAUAGUAAUGUCAACAGAUUCUGAUCUAUGAAAAUGGCAUGUUUAAUGAAGAUGAGGCUUGAAAACAGUAAAUCUGUGGUGCCUCUUCGGAGUCUGGGGUUCAGGACGGCUCUUCAGUGCAUUCGAGCCGCCCUGCUACCCCACAGCUUUAUGUCCAUUUCUCAUCCCAGGACCUGUUAGCCAUUACAUCAUACACUUUAAUUACUUUGAAUAAAUCAUGGAAAUCACA